CUUGACGAAUACUGCACCGCGACGAGAAGGCAUCCCACACCCAGCGCACUCUUUGCCUACGAUCCUUCUCGCAUCUGUCCCCGGAGCACGUCGAAUAUCGCAAAUAUGUCUGACGGCGAGGUUGAGGUCAGCGAGCAGGCGCCAAACUACUCGGUGCUGCCCAAGGACGUUGUCGAGAACAUUGGCCAGACCAAGCUCUUCAACAAGUGGAGUUACGAGGAUGUCGAGAUCCGUGACAUCUCCCUCACCGAUUACAUCCAGAUCCGACAGCCCGUGUACAUUUCCCACUCGGCUGGCCGAUACGCUGUGAAGCGUUUCCGCAAGGCACAAUGCCCCAUCAUUGAGCGUCUCACCAACUCGCUCAUGAUGAACGGCCGCAACAACGGAAAGAAGCUCAUGGCUGUGCGCAUCGUCGCACACGCCUUCGAGAUUAUCCACAUCAUGACCGACCAGAACCCCAUCCAGAUCGCCGUGGACGCCAUUGUCAACUGCGGUCCUCGCGAAGACUCGACCCGUAUUGGAAGCGCGGGAACUGUCCGUCGCCAAGCCGUCGAUGUCUCGCCCCUCCGCCGUGUCAACCAGGCCAUUGCCCUCCUCACCAUCGGAGCCCGCGAGGCCGCCUUCCGCAACAUCAAGUCUGUCGCUGAGUGCUUGGCAGAAGAGCUGAUCAACGCUGCCAAGGGUAGCAGCAACAGCUACGCCAUCAAGAAGAAGGAUGAGCUCGAGCGUGUUGCCAAGUCCAACAGGUAGAGUGGGUGUGUGCACAAUGGUCAUCCCGCGAUAUCUGGUCUGUGGGUUUUGCAUCGGAGGUGUUUGGGUGGCCUAGACAUAGGACGGCACUGCGGCGUUGAAUGGCUGUGGCCCACAACAGGUGCAGAUGCAGUGAGCCCAAUACGAUUGCCGCUGCUGUACCCUUUUUUCGCGCAGACGUGAAGUGCACGGAGAUGUAGACUUCAAUCCAAACUUCAGAAGCGACUACUUUCUCACACAUAAUGAUGUUAUGGAUCAUGCACGCAUCCGGCAAUAGAAAAUGUUCAAUGCGCAGACCAGAUUGCGCAGGUCAUUCCCUUGUGGUUUCAUGCUCAAUUGUCAGUCUACUUCUACACUGCUAAUUGUUGUUCUCUAGGUAAAUAUGCCAAUUACAGUAAUAUCAGUGCGUCC